UCCAUUUGACACGCGGCUGGUUGGUAAUACCCAAAGUGCGGCUUCCGCGUUCAACGAACAUUACGCGCCAGAAAUCUCGAAGCGGACGCAAUUGUGUUCUAAUUAGGCUACUCAGAUUCGGAAACCCGUUUGGCAUAUUGGCGACAAUUGUCCUAUAAAAUGGUCCAACAUUUUGGCCAACAGCAUCAGUCACUGACAAGACAACCAACCCAAACAACCAAAUCACCAUGAAGUUCCUCAUCUGCUUGGCUCUCUGCAUCGCCGCCGCCCAGGCUGGUUACCUCGCAUCCCCGGUGGCCACUUAUGCCGCUGCUCCGGCCUACGCCGCCACCUACUCCGCUGCUCCCGUGGCCUACGCCGCUCCAGUAACCACCUAUGCUGCUCCUGGCUACUCCACCUACGCCGCUGUCGCUCCCGCCUAUACCGCCUACAGGGCUCCCUUGGCCUAUUCCGCUCCGGUGACCACCUACGCCGCUGGCCACGCCUUCGCCGCCCCCAUCACCACCUACUCCGCUCCAGCCGUCGUCAGCUCCUUUCUGAAGAAGAAGUAAACAGGG